AUGAUGAAACUUUUUCUCAUAAUUUUAUUUUGCCUUAUUUUUACUAUAAAACUUUAUGCACAAAAUGUAGUUGAAUUUGAUAGUAUAUCACAAGAAACAAAAGAUGCAGCUAUUGCACAGGGUAAAGUGUGGUGUUACAAUUGUAAUAUGCCUGAACAAUGUAAUUCGGGUUUAUGUAUUGGUGAUUAUUGUGUUAAGGCAAUUGUUGAUGGGCGUUAUGUCACGAAAGGAUGUGAAAAUAGAACAUUAGUAAAAAAUUCUCCCGUUCCAAGUAGUUAUCCUGGUGGUGUAGAUACAAUUACAAUUGGAGGACCUUUUAGAGGAAGUAACUAUAGUAAAGAUGCUAUCUAUCAAGAUUCUACCAAAUUAGGUUGUAGAAGUAUGGAAAUGUUCAAAGUUCCACAAACAACAUGUUACUGUAAUGAUAAAAAUUUCUGUAAUUUUUCUUCAAGAUUACAAAUUUUAAUAUAUAUAUCAAUAACAAUACCUUUUAUAUCUAUUCUUACAAAUAUAUUCUAA